CUCCACUCCGUUUCAAAGCCUAAUCUCUCUGUCUCUCUCUCUCCCCAGUUUCUGCGUCUGGCUACCAAAUUCAUUUCCUCGUUUAUAGCUUGAAUCUGAUAUGUUGAGCUUGUAAUCAUGAGUUGCAAUGGAUGUCGAGUUCUUCGAAAGGGUUGCAGCGAAAACUGUAUCCUCCGACCAUGCCUUCAGUGGAUCGACUCCCCUGAAUCUCAAGGCCACGCCACCGUCUUCGUCGCCAAGUUCUUCGGUCGCGCCGGCCUCAUGUCCUUCAUCUCCUCCGUCCCCCCAAAUCAACGUCCCUCUCUGUUUCAAUCGCUUUUGUUCGAAGCGUGUGGCCGGACCGUGAACCCGGUUAACGGAGCGGUCGGGCUUCUCUGGACCGGAAACUGGCACCUCUGCCAGGCUGCGGUUCAGACCGUCCUCCGCGGCGGCGCGUUGCGGCCGAUCCCGGAGUUCUUCGGCGGCGCCGUCCUGACUCCGCCGGACCUCGACGAGGCUUCCGAGGCUGAAGUCACCUGUUCAGACAUGUUUAAACUUUAUCACCAUCAAGAUCCGAACCCUGACUCACGAUCGAAAGCGGCGCCCAAGCGCCGCCGUAUCGGCGACGAAUUAGAGAACCUCGGGCUCAGCUUGACGCCAUCAUCAUCGGAAGCAGUUGUCGGAAGAGUACUGAAUUUUUGGAGUUCGCCGGAAAAGCUGAGACCUGGGACGCCGUCGAUGAAUUCGGAGGAAUCUGGGACGACGACUUUACAUGAAAGUGGUGGUUUUGGAGAUCAAACGAAACUUCUAAACUUGUUCACCUGAUUCGGUGUAGAAAUAUAUUUUCUUCUAAUUAAUCAACUACAAUUUUUGUAUUUUUGUAUUUUUUUUUUUUGAGUUUUAAGGAUUUUCCUGCAAUCGAAGUUCCGGUGAGAUUUUGUUAAUCGCCGUCACAAGAUUUCCCUGUUGUUCCCUGUUUGGAUAUGAGGAAAAAAGAGGGAGAAAUGAAAGUUUGCCGGUGAUCCCCUUUUUCUUUUCUAGUAUUUGUCUUUUGUGAUAUCAAUAAAUCAAUUGUUUUGUUUUUCUCUAA